AUGUCCCCAGGGCUGGACAAUAAAGGAAAGAGUGUUAGAAAAAAUGAUAGAUUAAUUAGCAAUGAAUUAAAAUUAAGGUUUUUGAAAAGAUGUGUUAAUAAGUUAAGUGCAGCAAUUAGAUCGUCAGAUUCUAGUAGCUUGGUCAGGUAUCAAAAAACAGCAGGAUCAAAAUCAACAACAAAUAAUGACGCAUUAUUGACUUCAAAAUGGUUGGAACGAAAAAAAUUAGACGAAUUAGGAAUUAAAUAUAAGAAAGGUAUAUAUACUAUGGAAGAAGAUGAAGUAUUAUAUGCGGCAUUAAAUAAAUAUAAAAUUUUAAUAUAUGGAACUACACCAGCUGAGCAUAAAGGUUUCUGGCGUGAAAUUGUAGCAAUUCAUGGUAAAGAUUGGACAACAAUUGGAUCAGAGUUGGGACGUAUGGGUACUCAAUGUCGUGACCGAUGGAGAGAUUAUGGUUCUAUUAGUAAUCGAAAUCCUAGAAAAGGUGAAUGGACUAAAGAAGAAGAAGAUCAAUUAAAACUUAUUGUUACUGAUAUUGUAACAAGAUAUAAAGAUGAAAUAACAUUAGAUUAUGGAAUACCAUGGGAUAUAGUUUCAGAAAGAAUGGGGAAAAAACGAUCUCCUAAGCAAUGUCGUGAAAAAUGGGGAAGAAAGUUACGUCUUAUAUAUGAAAUGGAGAAAGGGGGAGAGAUAUCAAAAUGGUGUAGUGAAGAUAAGUAUUCUUUUAAUUGGGAAUCAUUGAAUGAUGAUGAAUGGGGUCCUUGGACACAAGUAUACUUACAUGAGAGGUGGCGUCGAUUAAAAUAUACAAUUCAAGAUUUUUCAUCCAAAACCUUUACUGAAAUUGUUUGUGAACUUUAUAAUAGGUUUCAGAAGUCUCCACCACAACGAAAGUAUAAAUCACCAGAAAUAAUUGAAGACUCUGAUGAUGAAUUAGGGAUAGUAAAUGAAUGA